AACCAACACACGGUGGCCGCUUGAACGAAAACGGGGGAAGCUUGGACAAGACCCGGUUGUUCUGUCGUCGGGAGCUCAGCAUGCUGUUAUACAAAUGCUGAGCGUGGGUCCGAGGCAAUUGUGUUCACCUCCCGUGCGGCGAUAGUUGACGGCCACGCCCCGUUUUCACCACCGUACAAAAGCUCGUACAAAACUGCUGGCGGCGGCGAGCGGUUUGAAACCCAGCAGGGCGGCUAGCGGGUUCACAGCGGAGAGGAAGCAGGAGUGUCCACCGCUUUGAGAACCAUGAGAGAGUACAAAGUAGUGGUUCUUGGGUCUGGGGGGGUCGGUAAAUCCGCUUUGACCGUCCAGUUUGUGACGGGAUCUUUCAUAGAGAAAUACGACCCUACGAUAGAGGAUUUUUACAGGAAGGAGAUCGAGGUGGACUCUUCUCCGUCUGUCCUGGAGAUCCUGGACACGGCGGGGACCGAACAAUUCGCCUCAAUGCGAGACCUCUACAUAAAAAAUGGGCAGGGUUUCAUUCUGGUCUAUAGUCUUGUGAACCAGCAGAGCUUUCAGGAUAUCAAACCGAUGAGGGAUCAGAUAAUUCGGGUGAAAAGGUACGAGAGAGUGCCGAUGAUUCUGGUUGGAAACAAAGUGGACCUGGAGGGGGAAAGGGAGGUGUCGUCCGGUGAGGGGAAGGCACUGGCGGACGACUGGAACUGCCCGUUCAUGGAAACUUCGGCCAAAAAUAAAAGCUCAGUUGACGAACUGUUUGCAGAGAUAGUCCGACAGAUGAACUAUAACUCAACACCAAAUGGCGACGACCACUGCUGCUCGUCCUGUGUAAUUCUUUAAGGAAAAAAGACAAUCAUAAAGUUAUUCUUUGCUCAGUUUUAAGUUUGCAAUGUGUGUUGCAGCAAGUCUGUACUGUUGAGUUCUUCUUCGUGUCUCACUCUGGCCUUGGAGGAAAAUGCAGGGAGGAAUGCUGCAGGGGGACAGGAGGAGGAGGGAGCAACUGAGACAGAGGGAGGGGUCCACUCCUCAGGAAUUAUGCUGGCUUGGAGUAUCGUUGCUGCACGAUCAGUGUCCACCAUCAAUGUCAACGUCAACUCAGAUCCAGAGUUCCUGCAAAACUCCCCUUCACCUUUUCCAGCUGAACCUCUUACUGGAACUAAAUCCCAGUGGAAACGAUCUGGAGGCUAACACUUACAGAAACUCAUAAAUGGAUAUUUGUGUACAAGAAGAAGGCAGGGAGAAAGAAUAUAUUUUGUUAAAUAACUGCACAGUCUGGGGUAAAGAUUUGGGCACCCUAACCCUUUUUGGAGCAACGCUAUAUGACACUCUGAAUCAUAUCUUUUUAUUCCCCCAAAGUCAGAAGAAACCACAUAUCCGGUGGAGUACACAUGACGAGUGCCACUUUGUUCUUCACCUCCUCAGUGUGUGAGAGGACCCAAACUGAAGUGAUUUGGGGACGCUGACAUGAUCGCCCUUGUGUCGAGUGCCUUUCCAAAACAAAUCAGUGCCAACUUACAUAUAUCACCAAAAGAACCCUUCAAUAUGGCAGUCCACAAGCCAGUGAACUCUUCUGGAUAUACUUGUAAGGGUGGAGGCUAAAAACAAGUAAAAAAAAAAAACUAAAGUAGGCUUUUUGUUAUUGGAA